AUGGGACAGAGAAACAAUGUAACAGAAUUUAUCCUCUUGGGCCUCACUCAAGAUCCAACUGGACAAAAAGCAUUGUUUGUCAUGUUUUUGCUCAUCUACAUUGUAACGAUGGUGGGAAACCUACUCAUUGUGGGGACAGUGGUGGUCAGCCCCUCCUUAGACUCCCCAAUGUACUUCUUUCUAGCUUAUCUGUCAGUCAUGGACGCUGUUUAUUCUACUUCCACAUCACCCAAGUUGAUUAUGGACUUGCUGUCUGACAAAAAGUCUAUCUCAUAUAAAGCUUGUAUGGGUCAACUCUUUACGGAACACUUAUUUGGGGGUGCUGAGGUCUUCCUCCUUGUGGUGAUGGCCUAUGAUCGUUAUGUGGCCAUCUGUAAGCCCCUUCACUAUUUGAACAUCAUGAAUCGGAAGAUCUGCAUCCUUCUGUUAGUGAUAGCCUGGGUUGGUGGGUUUGUUCACUCUGUGGUUCAAGUUAUUUUUGUGUCUAAUCUCCCUUUCUGUGGACCCAAUGUCAUUGACCACUUUAUCUGUGACAUGUACCCACUACUGACACUAGCAUGCGGUGAUACUUUCUUUAUUGGUCUUACUGUGGUUGCCAAUGGUGGAGCAAUCUGCAUGAUCAUUUUUAUUCUUCUCCUAAUCUCCUAUGCAUUCAUUCUAAACUCUCUUAAAAGCUACAGUCAGGAAGGGAGAAGAAAAGCCCUGUCCACCUGUGGCUCCCACAUCACUGUGGUUGUACUGUUUUUUGUUCCCUGCAUUUUCAUUUAUGUUAGACCAGUAUCUAACUUUCCCAUUGAUAAAUCAAUAAGUGUGGUAUUUACAGUUAUUACUCCCAUGUUGAAUCCAUUAAUAUACACCCUGAGAAAUUCAGAGAUGAAAAAUGCUAUGCAAAAACUCUGGUGUAAAAAAUUAACUUCAGGUAGAACAAGAAUACAUUCCCCACAUUGA